UUAUAGAGGUUACAUUCAAAUGUGAAGAAGGAUGGUGGAAAUUCGAAAAUAGAUGUUACCGAAUCCUUGGUAAUGCCUGGAUGCUAAAGUCGUUUGCGAUUGGUUUAUGUAAUACUGCGAAUUCUCAGCUCUUCGUUCCUUCUAAUCAAGAAGAGUACGAUGCUGUGACGGAAUACGUAGACAAUCUUGGUUCGGUUAGCACGGAUGAUAAACCAAUGCCAACACUUAUCACUGAUGUAUGGAUAGGGUGUGAUGAUGAAGAUGUUGAAGGGAUUUUCUCCUGUAUAGACGGGACGACAUUUACCAACUCCAGCGUGAAUUGGUGGGACAGUGGUCACGGUGUUUCCACUACCAACAAAUGUGUACGCUACUGGAAAGAUUUGGGACUCAGGGAGCUUUCUUGCAGUUCAGACACGUCCCAAGUACUCUGUGAAGCUCCUGCAAAAUUGUAUAAAGUUUCACGAGACUAUGGAUUGAUCUCGAAGCCUGAUGGGUCUCCAUUGAAAGGAUACUGUCUAAAGGGUUACAUCGCAUUGUAUGCAACAGUGAAGAAUUUAGUGGAGUGUGCUGGACUGUGUCUUGCCCAUGAUCAGUGUCAAUCCUUCAAUUGGCAACAACAAGAUGGCCGCUGUGAGAUCAAUCUUAAUACGACAUCCGCAGCUGGUGAGAACUCAAUGGAGGCACGUCGUGGGUGUAAUUACUUCGAGCCUGUUCAAUAUUAAGGGGUUAUUGGGAUUCUCAUUUUGGUUAUAAAAUUAAUUGUGUAAAAGGGAAAAUUAAACAAAUACAGAAUGCUGAAAGAUUCUGGUCAAUUGGACAAAGAUUUAAAAAGGCAUGGAUUUACACAAGAAUGAAAAGAAAGGACUUUUUAUCCUCAAGUUGUCAAUUUAUUGAGUAUAUUGUGACAAUUAGAAGCCGGACACCUCCCGAUACUUUUUUAUUUGUCGAAAACAAUUAGAAUUAGAUUAGGCCUUAAGCACAUUUCCUCUCAGAUCAGUAAUAAAAAUAUAACAUAGGAAGAAUAUUGCUUUAUGACCUCAUGACAGAGAAAUUUUAUUAUUCUGAGUAAAAGAAAAAACAUUUUUUGACAAAAUUACAUUAUAUUCAGAGUAAAUGCGAAAUCGUCUUCGCCCUAGUCAAUUUGAAAUUAACAUGACUUGUACAACUUAAAAAAAUAAUUCGUGACUUUAUUUAAGAAAGUUAUGAAUCAUCUGUCUGACUUUGUUCAAAAUUUCACAUUACUACUUUUCCUUUUUUUUCUUUUGAUUUGUAUUUUGUUACAAUAUAACUUCCAUUUUGAUUGGAUUCUUUCUUAAAGUGAAAAAAGUGAAGUGAUAAAUGAUUGUGGGAGUGCAUCACGGCUUGACCAUCCAUCAGGAUUCCUCCAUGUAUAUGACUGUAAGAAAUAUUUAUUGAAAAAUAUGGUUGGCUUCGGUUCAAUGAUUAUAGCACGGACUAAAGUAGAAAAAACAUAAAUUGUAAAUAGUGUUGAUAUGUGGCUUAUUUAUUUAAUCUUAUAUAGUUUUAUCUUCUUGUUAUACUAAGAUGACGUGUUUCAGAGCUGCAUCCGUACCAGCAAGGACGUGGGUUCAGAUCCCAUGGUUUCAUGGUUUCAUCCAUCCAGAUUACGGGGAAAAAUUGAGGGUCAAAAGUGCACACCGCUCUCUUUAAUUUCCCCUCCAUUUAUGGAGAUUACUAGUACUAGUAAUUAUUUGGCGUUUGAUCAGUGCGAAGCAUCUGGAAAUAAUUUAUACACCAAUAUAUAACUUUCAAAUGCGAAAAUACAUGGUAUGUAUAUUUAGGGCUGAUUAUAUGUUUAUUCCAACUGGCUAAUCUCGUCUCCGAUUUUUUUUCCCAUCGAUUCCGAUGAUUAGCAAAGAAAAAUUAUAAUCAUUAUGAAAUUGUGAUUCAUAUGAAAUUAUGGAACGCAGGUAAGAGAAAUUAAUAUAUAUUUUGGAGAGCCCAGAAAAGAAAAAAAAGUUCAUUUUUUCGAAAAUCAGACAAUCUGCAGAUCCUUCUUAAUUAUGUUCAUUUUACUGACGACGUUGCACAAUAACUUUACAUUUUUCAUACGAUUUAUUCAGGGCCAUCGUACUCAGUCUACGGUUAAAAUUACGAACGCCUUGCGAUUUCGUUUACUGACCCUAUGUGGGAGAGACUGUACUGUGAUCGAAAUCAUACAAUAGACUUGUCUCCUAGAUCGUAUACUACAUCUAUGUGCAGUUGCCCUGCAAUCUCUGUACAUUGUCUGUGU